AUGAGCUCGACAAGUGUUGGUCAGUUAAUGGCUGAUAUGCGUCAGCUUGUGAUAAAUUUGCAAACACGUGAACGUGCUACGGACAGUGCGCUUGCAAAAAGUCAAAUUGUUAAUGAUAAAAUCUGUGGUAUGAAGGAGUAUCAGGAAGAAGUGGCAAAUAUGAAUGACUGUUGGCGAAUGCAAGGCCGCAAAGUUCUUGUUGCAGGCUUACAACAUGAAAAUCGACAAAUUUUACAGUUACAACAAGAGAAUAGGGAACUUCGGCAAGCGUUGGAAGAUUGCGAAAACACCUUACAAUUAGUAAUGCAAAAGCAUAGGGAUGUUAUAACAAAGCUUGCGAAGCAGUUUGUUUCACCACUUCGAACCUCAGUCGCACAGGAUAGCAAGAAAUGUGAAGCGCCUGUAAACGAAAAAAUCGUCAACCUUUCAAGGUUGUUGAAUGAAUGUCUUGCGGAUGGUGAGAGCGUUUCGAAUCAUGAUCAAGAGUUAAUUGCAAGGCUGGCAACAGAAAAUGCAUGCCUUAGGGAAUUGCUAAAUAUUUCAACUCACAACGAACCAAACAUUGCACACCACUUCAUGGAUCUUACAAGUGGUGGAAUGCCGAAUUAUUCUAAUGGUCCCAAAGCGGUUUAUGAUAAAAACUACGAAAAAAGUAAUACAUCUGCGCUUACCGGGAACUCACUCUUGCGCAACAAGGAAGAUGUCAGGCAAAAUUCCGUUCUGGUGAUGUUUAAUUUCUAG